GCAGAGAGAACCGGUGAUCCGAUUGAAUAUGAGCGGUCUAGUGGCUCCUCUUGGUCCGAGGAGGAACACCGCCAACCAUAAGCGAGCUCCCUCCGCUUCCAGAAGGUCCCUUUCCGGCGAAAAUGGCAGCGGCAAUGAACCUUCCUCUCCCACUGAUCAACCGCCAGCUGGGGAAGAUAGGUCGGUCAAGAAGCUUCGACUGUCAAAAGCCCUCACAAUUCCCGAGGGCACCACGGUUUCUGAAGCAUGUCGACGUAUGGCAACUCGCCAUAUUGAUGCUGUUUUGUUGACUGAUGCUAAUGCUUUGCUUUCUGGAAUUGUGACUGACAAGGACAUCGCGGCUAGAGUUAUAGCCGAAGGAUUACGGCCAGAGCAGACCAUAAUGUCUAAGAUAAUGACACGUAAUCCUAUUUUUCUGAAAUCGGAUUCUAUGGCCAUAGAAGCUCUACAAAAGAUGGUUCAAGGUAAAUUCAGGCACCUCCCUGUAGUGGAAAAUGGUGAAGUCAUUGCCUUGCUGGAUAUCACCAAAUGUCUUUAUGAUGCCAUAGUUAAGAUGGAGAAGGCUUCAGAGCAGGGAAGUGCCAUUUCUGCUGCAGUUGGAGGGCUGGAACGUCAACGGAGUAACAGUUUAGCUGCUCCAAACACUUUCAUUGAAACAUUGAGGGACCACGUGUUCAAGCCUUCCCUGUCAACAAUAAUUGGUGAAAAUGCAAAGGUUGCUAUUACAUCAGUGGCAGAUCCUGUCUAUGUAGCUGCGAAAAGAAUGCGGGAGUUGCAUGUUAGUUCUGCCAUUAUAGCGGCGGGAAACAAAAUUCUGGGGAUACUCACUUCAAAGGACAUCCUCAUGCGGGUUGUGGCUCAAAAUCUUUCUCCUGAAUUGACUCUAGUUGAAAAGGUAAUGACUCCAAAUCCACAGUGUGCAUCAUUAGAUACCACAAUUCUUGAAGCACUGCAUAUGAUGCAUGAAGGGAAGUUCUUGCAUCUUCCCUUGCUGGACAGAGAUGGAAAUAUUGCUGCUUGUGUAGAUGUUUUACAGAUAUCUCAAGCAGCGAUUGCUAUGGUCGAAAGUAGCACGGGAGGGGCCAAUGAUAUCUCAAACACAGUUAUGCAAAAGUUUUGGGACUCAGCUUUUUCUACAGAGUCAAUGGAAGAUUUUGACUCUCACAGUGAAUUUUCUGGGCUAGUGGCUUCAGAGGGGGGAGAUACUGCCAAGUCUGUAGAUCCGUCUGUUGGUUUUGAAAAUUCGUUUUCCUUUAAAUUUGAGGAUCUCAAGGGUCAUGUACAUCGAUUCAACUGUGGCGUGGAACAUUUUGAUGAUCUUUUAUCUGCUGUUAUGCAAAGAAUUGAUCAUGUUAAAGAUGGAGGAGGUCCUCAAAUUUUGUAUGAGGAUGAUGAAGGUGAUAAAAUUUUUCUCGCAAAUGACAAUGAUCUUGCUGCUGCUGUCAACCAUGCUAGAUCCAUGGGAAUGAAGGCUUUAAGGUUGCAUUUGGAAUAUGCCGAUUCAACCAAUAUUACGACACCAGAAUCCAGUACGGCAACUAGAGAGAGGGUCAAUCCAUUGUCUUUGCGCUUUGGUAUCAUUGCAGGGGCAGUUGUUCUAACAAGCAUCGGUGUGAUGGUCUACUUAAAGCGCUCCAAACAGUGAUGUGUUGUCAAUUUUGCAAAAAUGUUCUAUAUAUGCAGGCUGUAUAAAUUUUGAAAUACUCGCAAUUGGCGGAUGUUAGGUCUGGGAUUUUGGAUUCAGAAUUUUGCUCCUGGUGAAAUGCACAUAUCACUUGUAAUCUUUGGUUCAAAAUCUUUUUGGGUUUUUGCGAUAUGUAAUUAUAUAUACACGUUGCCUCUGAAAUUGAUCUGAAAUGCCGUGUAGUGCAAUUGAGAGAGGAACCGUUUCAACU